GACCUCGUUGACCUCCGGCCGAUCCCAGCGCCAGCUGACCUUUGGCCUCGGCACUAUCUCAGCUCCUCACAAACAGACACACAUGUACGGGCCGCAGGACGUACGUCCUCCAUUGUUCCGCGACCUUGGGCCAGUUUGAAGGACAUUACUCCGGACAAUUCUGAAGCCAGGUACGAGGGGAGCUACAGGAACGUCUUACCGAAACCUUCGUCUUGAUUCUGUUCUUUAAGAAGCCAGGACUGUGAAAGAAAGUUGGCAAAAUGGCCGUCUGGUGCUACAAACUGUUCUGGCUCGUGUGUCUGGUCUCCAUGGCGAUGACCUCUGCGGAGGUCGCCUGCGGAGGCCACGGCGUCUGCGACUGUUUGGACGAUCACACCGUGGACUGCCGCUACAAGGACCUGGAGGAAUUCCCGUCGGAAAUUCCCGCCGAAACCGUAACGCUCCACGUCGAGGGCAACUUCAUCACCGAGCUCCGCGCCAACGACCUUGCCGGGCUCGCUGACCUUGAGAAGCUCAACCUGCACUUCAACAGCAUCAACGACAUUGAGGACGAGUCCUUCGGCGACCUUGGGAACCUGGAGCAGCUGGCGCUGGACUAUAACAUGGUAACCGUGGUAACCACCAGCACGUUUGCGGGGCUGGACAAGCUGACGCACCUGUCACUCAUCCAGAACAACAUCAGCAGCAUCGAGGACGGCAGCUUCCAGCCGCUAUCCAGCCUCAGGGUGCUGGAUCUCAGCUUCAACAAGAUCCCAGCUGCAGGAGUUUCUGCGGUGCUGAGUGGUUUGGAGGAGAGUCUGCGGGAACUGGGGCUGCGGUACAACAUGCUGCAGGAAGUCCCUGCAGCCCUGGGCCUGCUGCAGAACCUGCAGACCCUCAACCUGGCCGGGAACAACAUCAGCUCCAUCAGACCCAUCCAGAACAUGACCUCCCUGCUGACCCUCGACCUCAGCAACAACAGGGUCAUGCACCUUGACCCCAGCAUGUUCCAGAACAUGGAAAGCCUGGAAGUGCUGUCGCUGGCGUAUAACCGUAUGGGUCUGAUCGAGGAGGGCGUGUUCUGGAACCUGACGGAGCUGCGUAGCCUGGACCUGCAGGGGAACAACGUGCAGCGGCUGCACCGCGGGAUGUUCUCCAACGUGGCCACCAACUCCUCCCGCCUCCGCCUGCACCUCCGCAGGAUGAACCUCCGCACCAUCGACAAGUUCUGCUUCCAGGACGUCGGAAACCCAGAUGCUAAGAUCCAGAUCGAUCUGCGGAACAACCGUCUGAAGCUGCUGCCCCCCGGCCUGUGCCGCAGCCUGCCGGAGGGACAGCUGAGCUUCAAGCUGGCGGGGAACCCGUGGCACUGCGACUGUCGGAUGGAGCGCGUCCCGGAGCUGUGCCCCACGGCCGUCACCUCGCGGAUACGCUGCGCCCAGCCCGACGCGCUCAACCGGAGGCUGCUCGGCUCGCUCGAAGCCGACGAUCUCGUGUGUGAGACGACCGGGGAGCCAGAGGACGGGGAGGCGGAUUCUGUGGAGUAAUCGACUCGACCAGCUUUCAGAAAAAAAUCAGUUACUUAAACAACUUGAUAGAUUUUGCGAACUGUCAGAUAUUUUGAGUAGCAUUCACAAUCACUCACAAUGCUGUUUCUGUGGAAUAAUUGACUGGCUUGCACAAAAAAGAUAGUUACUCAAACAACUGGUGGAGAGAUUUUGAGAACUGUCAGAUGCUUUGAGUAGCAUCCACAAUCACUGACGAUGCUGUUUUCAUGGAGUAAUCGACCGGCUUGCACAAAAAAAUCAGUUACUCAAACAACUGGAGAGAUUUUGACAGAUGUUUUUCUGUAGAAUCCACAGUGGACAAAAAGUAGUGGAUGCUACUUGAAACGUCAGACAGUUUUCAAAACAUGAUCUGGUGGCUUGAGUGCGAGCGGACGGCACAGCCAGAGGAUGGCAACACAGAUUCCGUGGAACAAUCGAUCAUUGCCAAUAAAAAACAAAAAAGCAACUGGAUAGGUUGUUAGAUGUUCCGAGUAGCAUCCACAAUCACUGACAAUUGACAGAAAACUCAAGUCAAGGUUUAAGAAUUACUGGAUUGAUCCUGAUUCUAUGAAGUUGAAGGAGAUGGUGGCUGUGAUGAUUUUGUUUUAAAUGGGCCGAGCUUUUUCUGUACUUGGAAAAAUGAGUGGAAAUAAUCUGUAUCAGAUUCUGUGUUUAGGUGACUUGUGGUGAAACACACCAGCUUUGCAGGCAAGCAGGCAUGGGGUCAGGGAGGUAUUAUCUUUAGUACUGGUAUUAUGAUAUCUCAAGCUGUCUAAUAAAGUAGAUCGAACAUAGUUCAAGUAGCACCCACUACUUUUUGUCAUCAUAGUUCAAUAGCAGAACAAGUUGUUGAUACGUUGAUAUAAAUUUGUUAAGAUCACAAGGAAAAUUCAAAAUGACAUCGGAAGGAAAAUCUUAUAACAUGGAAGGAAUAUUGCAGGCUUGAAUUGUGGCAGCUGAAAGGAGACUGGUUUGAAAAAAUUCAUUUUGUGUACAAUGUAUUAAGCUUGAAAUAGAAGAGAAAUUCAGUUCUUAUGACUGUUAUUAUGAGUUUGUACCAGUAAUCAUAGAUAUGAGACUAAGUAGUAUGUAUAAGAAGCAAAACUUUCUAAAAUCUUCACUAGAACAGAAAGACUGUGCAUAAUAAUACAACAGGAGACUUUUAAGCACCAAAACUGAACUGACAAUACAUGUAAACACCUGUAGAGGUUCAUACAUGUUCAACAUAUUAAACAUGUCUAAGUGUGCAAAAGUAGGCAAUAAACUGAUAUCCAGCAUUGAUUCAAACGUCACUGCAGACACUGAGACUGUUCAUCUGUGUGUUUCUAUACUGAAGUUUAUAUAUGUUCU